AUGAGGAGUGACAAUUCCUGCGACCUUCCCGAAGGCCCUUAUCUGCUACAGAAACAAAAAGGAGCUGACAUGUUGGUCCAAACAAGAGAACUCUCCAAGCUGGGCUUAGGGGUGGACAUAGAACUUCAAACUCUGCAGCUGCCUGUGGAUUACAGGGAGGUAAAACAGAGGCUCACCGCAAUCUGGGAAGAAUUUCAACCACAACUUGCUGUGCAUGUGGGCAUGGACACCUCCACCAAGGCCAUCUUUCUGGAACAGUGUGGUAAGAACCGAGGCUAUCGGGACUGCGAUGUAAGAGGCUUCCAGCCUGAGGAUGGAGUGUGCCUCCCAGGGGGCCCGGAAGUGAUGCUGUCGGUUAUCAACAUGAAGGAGGUCUGCCGGCGUGUGGCUGUUGAGGAUGUCGAAGUGGCCUUUUCCCGAGAUGCGGGCAGGUACAUCUGUGAUUACACCUACUACCUGUCUCUGCACCUUGGGAAUGGGCAUGCAGCGCUCAUCCACGUCCCUCCUCUGUCACCCUGGCUCUCAGUCAGCCUUCUGGGCAAAGCCUUGCAAGUCAUCAUCCGAGAAAUGCUGGAAGAAAGUGGGGAAGUCCAGACUCAAAGAACUGCAGCUUAA